CCUGCCCGUCUGAUUAUUUCGAAAAUCUUAGGCAAACCUUGCGACUCACAGCCCUUCCUCGAACAGCCACUGCCCCUCGCCGUCUGCCACCAUCGUCCCUCACCGUCGGUUCCUUCUCAGUUCUCCUCCAGGCGUCUGGCGUCUCCCCUCUCGGAAUGAGCCGAUUACAAGGGCCCUCGCUCCUGAAGCGCAAACGGCCAGACUCAAAUUCACCUUCUGUGUCUUUGACAGAACAUGAGCGUCUCCUCUAUGAUCUGAUCCAAAGCAAGCAAGACAUGGCAAUAUGGACCAGGGACAUGAAACGAGAAACAAACCUCCCUGAUAAUGUGGUUACCAAAUCCCUUAAGUCACUUCAAACCAAGAAAUUGAUAAAAGAGGUAGUGAACAUACAAAAUAAAGGCAGAAAACACUAUAUUGCGACAGAGUUUGAACCAUCAACGGAAAUAACUGGUGGGACUUGGUAUGCUGAGGGGAACCUUGAUACGGAGUUUAUAAACUUUCUGAAAAAACACUGUGUAAAGAUCAUUUAUGAGCAGAAGGUCGCUACACUUGAGGGAGUCUUGGACACAAUCAGAAGGAGUAGAGCCUUCAAUAUUGAGUUCACAACACAGCAAGUUGAAGAGAUAGUGAAUGUUUUGGUUCUGGAUAAUGAGAUCAUGGAGGUGAAGAGCAAUGGAAUAGGGGAGUUUGGUUCUAUUCCUGUUGGGAGAGUUUGUUAUACAUGCACAAACAAAGGAGGCAAUAAAGGUGAGCCGAAGAUCGGGGCCAUGGCUUCUAUUCCAUGUGGAGUUUGUCCACGGAUAAGUUUAUGUACACCGGAUGGCAUAAUUUCCCCAAAGACCUGUGUCUACUUCAGCAAAUGGUUGGAUUUCUAAAUAUAUCACUGCAGAGUUUCUGAUAUAGCAUGGGUCGUUCCUUUUCAGGGUUGGAAUCCUUAGUUGGUAUGGUACAAGCUAUCCACACUGAGAGUGAGACAUGUGAGGAAGUACGCCCUUUUCUUUUAAUAUUGUUGGCUUGCUGCAGGCUCCUCUCAGUCCUGUACCUUCUCCUUGUGCUCAACCUGCUGUUGGAGCUACAUCUGUGUCUGGAGUGACACCAUUCUCUUCAUCAACAUGUGCAUUUGCAAGACCUUAUCCCUCUUUAGCCUCUUCAACUGAACCGUCAGGCAGUAUCCACAAGGAACAAGCCUUUCCUGAGAGACCUGGUGAACCUGAAUGCCAGUACUAUGUCAGAAUGGGGGACUGUAAGUUUGGAUUAUCUUGUCGAUAUCAUCAUCGUUGGGAUUGAGUUUUUCCCAAUCCUGCCCUCAGUCCUAUUGGUCUUCCCUUGCGUCUGGGGGUACAACCUUGUGCUUUCUACUUGCAAAAUGGGCAUUGCAAAUUUGGAUCAACAUGUAAGUUUUAUCACCCGAUAGGGGCAAUGAGGUACAGUCCAUCAGCAACAUCUCUCAUUGAUAUGCCUGUUACCCCAUUACCCAGUUGGCUCUUUCCUCACUACUCUCGCUCCUUUAUCGACUUCUUGAGAGCUUCCUCCUGAAAUGUAUUCAGGGUCCAAAAGGGAAUUGUAUUAAACCAGAAUGCCUUCUUCUGGGAAUAUCAGUAGUUCAGUUGGUUUAAUUUUUUCUCAAACAGGGUCAGUAUCACUUUCGGAAGUGCAACUUUCAAGUCAGAUUUCUUCCCCUUUAGGCAGUGAGUGGCAGAAGCACCAGACAAGGGGGUGAGGUUCGUCGUUCAGGCUGAUGCAAAAUCUAAAAGCCAUUCUUAAUUAUCUUCUGAACAUGGUUUUAGCAGCAUCAUUAUGCUCUUUGUUUAUAGAUCCCAGUUAGUAAGAGCAGAUGCUCGGGUGCCACAUCAGCUUUGAUGAUGCCAAAAAGGCUAGAAAGAUGAGGCUAUAUAGCCCAUGAGAAGCCGAGCCUUAUUACCUCAAGGGAGCAAAAAGCUAUAAAAUAAAAUAAAAUAAAAUAAAUAAAUAAAAAAAGAAGCAACCUUUAGGUGGUUAUCUUUUUUAUUUUAGGGUUGUACAUCUCACUUCAGCUGAGAAAGGUGAUUGAAAGAAAUUUCAAUUAUAAUUUUGAUUCUUCUAAAUUAUAUUUUAUAAUAAAAGAGCGAGUUUAGAUUUUUUUC